UCUGGAAGCCGAAAGGCGUCUCAUUGAGCGUUUUCUGGACAGCAGGAGUAGUUACUCUCGGUAAAAAAAAAAACAAAAUAACAGGUUUCGUUGCAUUUGGUUGCUGCCACUGGGAAUUUGUGUUUUCUCACCGUUGACUUUUUUCACGCCCAGCACGGUAGUGAUACUGACUUUAUACUCAAGAAUUAGUCCGAAUGGACUGAUUGGAUUUACUUUUGAAACGGUUUUAUACGAACUCCUGUCUGCUGGGCCGUGUAAGAGCCGCUGCCAGCCCUGCUGUGCCCUCGGUGCACCAUGCAGCAGCAGGUUGGCCGUGCGCUGACGGCAGGACGGUAUUACUUGUGCCCUCCUUUCCGCUGAGCCGCACCUAGGGUGGGGGCGUCUAGGAGCCACUACCAGCCAAGCGCUGCCUGACCUAGACCUGGACCAGAGCUUCGACCGCGGAACCGCAGCUUUCGGCGAUGCCACGGAAAGGAGCCGGCCCGCUGUGGGGACUCGUCGCGUGGUGCUGCAUAGCGCUGAGGGGCCCUGGAGCCAGCGGCUGUCGCUGCCCCCCUGCCACCGCCCUGGACAGCUUCCCCACUGAGGGCCUGGCUGAGUCGUGCUGCUUGAACUUCUCCGGCUCAUCCUUCAGGAGCGUGACAUGGGCCACCUUCUCGGCCAUGGCCCCUCUGCGGGUUCUGGACCUGUCCUACUGUAACAUCAGCCAGCUGCUUGUGGAUGGGCCUUCCCUGUCGGGCCUACAGGAAGUCUACCUGGGAGGUAACAGCCUCAGGGGCGUCCCUGAUGGCUUCCUGACCAGCGCCCCCCACCUGAGGGUGCUGGACCUUGGGCAGAACCUCUUGGAGGAGCUUCCGGAGGUCUUCCUGCAGGCCUCUGCCUCCCUGCAGGAGCUCCGCCUGGCCUCCAACCGACUGGCAGGCCUCCCACGCUCUGUCUUCCAGCCACGACUGCGGAGGGUCGAUCUGUCCGACAAUCCGUGGGACUGUACCUGUCCGCUACUGGAGGCACUACAGCACUACCUACAGACGCAGAGGAACUCCAGUGAGACUCGGGCCAUGUUGGGAGUGCCGGCCUGCGCCUCACCACAGAGCCUGGCGGGCCGGAGUCUGGCGUCAGUGCGUCCCGGUGAGGCCUGCUGGGCCCCAGGUGUCACCGCCAGUGCUGUGCUCUUACCGCUGCUCGUCCUGCUCUCCCUGCUGCUCUUCUGGUGCAUCUGGAGGAGACGCCGCAGAGAGGAGUCUGUCCCGAAGCCAGCAGCAGUGGUGUCCAAGCCCCCUGCCGCUGUGGGACACGAGGCCGGACCCGGGGAGGCCGAGCCGCUGGGCGCGGGGUUAAGAGAUGCCCUGCUGAGGAACCAGUUGAUGCUGCGGCCGGCCUCCUCCCUACUGGGCAGCAGUCGCGACCUCUACGAAGAGGUGGAGAUCCGCCUGGGCUCUGAGGGUACGCUGGACUCAGCCCAGGCGCGGGGGGGCGAGGGCACGCAGGGUCCCCUGCUGGACGAUUUGGAGACUGUGAGCGUCACAGAAGUGAUGAAGGACUCCGCCAACCGGGAGAAGAUGUACCUGGUGCAGUCGAGCGAAUAUUACAGCCUGGUCCCUGAGAUCGAGCUGGAGGACUCGGAUCACGGCGAGUACGAGAGCGUGGAGAUGCCGUGAGAUGUGAACGGAUCAUGGCGUUUAAUGGCUGGAGAAGAAACUUUCUGUUAACUAAAUGCAUUCAUUCAGCCUCAGACCAGAAAGUGAAACGCUGAGCCCAACUCCCCC